UAUGGUUUAGCUAUUUGUGUAUGUGUGCUGCUAAGUCUGACUCUGAUUAUUGAAUCUUAUGUGAUUGAAAACUAUAUUUUAAGUUAUUCGUUAGAGAUUAUUAAGUACUAGUUGCCUAUUUUACAAGAGUAAAUGUGAAAAAUGAGUUUUUCCAUUGACGAAGUUAACUUUUUAGUUUACCGUUAUUUACAAGAAUCGGGUUUUCAUCAUUCUGCGUAUACUUUUGGCAUUGAAUCACACAUUUCUCAAAGUAAUAUAAAUGGCGCUUUAGUACCACCGGCAGCUUUGCUGAAUAUUCUUCAGAAAGGUUUGCAAUAUACCGAAGCAGAAAUCACAAUUGGCGAAGAUGGUUCAGAAACACGACUCACUGAGAGUUUAAGCUUGAUUGAUGCCGUCACACCCGAUAUAGUGGCCGCCAGACAAAACGCUCACAAUGCUCAAAAACAGGCGAAUAAAGAAACAGGAUCAGGCAGUGAACAAAAUGGUGUUGAUGCUACAACAUGUAGUGCAGCAUCUACAACUGGUGGAGCAGAAACGCCUAGUGCACCAGAGCCAAUAGAUGGAGAUCAAUCCAUUGAUAUUCCUCCAAGCAAAGCCACAGUGCUCAGAGGGCAUGAAUCUGAGGUGUUCAUUUGUGCAUGGAAUCCUAGUACUGACCUUUUGGCCAGUGGAUCAGGGGACAGUACUGCAAGAAUAUGGGAUAUGUCAGACAAUCCAACAAGUAUUCCAAAUCAGUUAAUAUUAAGGCAUUGUAUUCAAAGAGGUGGAGCUGAAGUACCAAGCAAUAAGGAUGUUACUUCUUUAGAUUGGAAUUGUGAUGGUCACCUUUUAGCAACUGGUUCAUAUGAUGGCUAUGCUCGUAUUUGGACAACUGAUGGUAAACUUGCUUCUACUCUAGGCCAGCACAAAGGACCAAUUUUUGCUUUAAAGUGGAACAAAAGAGGAAAUUACAUAUUGAGUGCUGGGGUGGAUAAGACAACUAUAAUUUGGGAUGCAGCUUCAGGACAAUGCACUCAACAAUUUUCCUUCCAUAAAGCACCUGCAUUAGAUGUUGAUUGGCAAACAAAUACAUCAUUUGCUUCCUGCUCAACUGAUCAGAGCAUUCAAGUGUGCAAGUUACACGUUGAUAAACCAAUAAAGAGUUUCUUGGGUCACACUAAUGAAGUUAAUGCUAUAAAGUGGGAUCCUCAAGGACAACUACUUGCUUCUUGUUCUGAUGAUAUGACUUUAAAAAUUUGGUCUAUGAAACAAGACACAUGUGUACAUGAUUUACAAGCUCACUCAAAAGAAAUCUAUACCAUUAAAUGGUCACCAACAGGACCUGGGACACAGAACCCUAACAUGAAUUUAAUUUUGGCUAGUGCAUCAUUUGACUCAACUGUACGUCUAUGGGAUGUUGAAAAAGGUGCUUGUGUCCAUACACUCACAAAACAUACGGAACCAGUGUACAGUGUUGCUUUUUCACCAGAUGGAAAAUUCUUGGCCAGUGGCUCUUUUGAUAAAUGUGUUCAUAUUUGGUCUACACAAUCAGGAUCCCUUGUACAUUCUUAUAAGGGUACUGGUGGUAUAUUUGAAGUCUGCUGGAAUUCCCGUGGUACAAAAGUAGGUGCAAGCGCUAGUGAUGGAAGUGUAUUUGUUUUGGAUUUGCGUAAAUUAUAGUUAAUGCCUUACAUUUAAUUGUUUAUAUACAUUAUGGACUAAAAGGAUUAAGCAGUUUCGUUAAGCGCAAUAUAUUCAAAUAUUUUCAGUGUUAUAGUUGUAAUUAUUAUUGUACUGGUAUAUGUAAUUAUUAUGAUACUGUAUUUCAUACUUUAGAUAUUACAGCUCGCAUGAUGUUUGAUUACUAUAUAAACAUUAGCAUUUAAUAUACUUAGAAAUUCAAACAAAAUAUGCCUUUAGUGACUAUAUUAAUUAAAUUGAUGUUGCUUUGGGACUGUUACAUAUUAAGUAAGCAAUAAGGAAACUAUUAAAUUGAUAUAGUCUAAAAAAUACAGAUAUCUUAUGAUUUUAACAGACAGUCACUAGUUGGUCAACCAAGAGGUUAGUGAAUGGCUUUAUUGCUCAGUUUAGUAAGACUUUCUGAAAUCUGAGAGAAUGCAAAGUACUUAUUAGUUUACCUAACAGACCAUAUUGAAGUCUAAAAAGAAAAAUCCAUUUUCUGUUAAAAGGUUAAAAAAAAUCUCAUAGAUGAAGAUCCUGUUUAUUUACUUAAUAUUCGAAACAGUUCCUAAUUUAAAUACAGACAUCUGAAGUAUUAUCAGAUAUAUUAUAGGAAGAAUUAAGUAAAAAGAAGAAAAUUUUUGAUCCGGUUGGUGAUCCAUAUUUAUCUCAAUAAAAUAGAUACUAAUUA